GCUCUCCGUACAUCCCGACGGCCGCUGAACCGCCGGGCCGGCCGCCCAAUGAGACCUCGUCGCAGAGCCAGCUGCCCGAGUUCGUGACGUCACCCGAGGCCCGGGAGGUGACGAGUCGCACCAACCAGCCGGCGCACCUGCACUGCCAGGUGGCCAACCUGGGAGACAGAUCGGUGUCGUGGCUGCGGGCGCGGGACCUGCACAUCCUCACCACCGGCCUCUUCACCUUCACCACGGACAAGCGGUUCGUGGCGUUCAACACGGGCACGACGUGGACGCUGAAGCUGCUGGCGCCGCGGGUGAACGACUCGGGCGCCUACCUGUGCCAAGUCAGCACCGAGCCGCGCAUCAGCCAGUCGUUCACGCUCAUCGUCAAAGAGUCUCGGGCCUACAUCGCCAGCAACCGGGAGCUAUUCGUCAAGGCGGGCAGCUCCAUCAGCCUGUCGUGCACGCUGACACAUAACAUCAGCCAGCUGUACUGGCUGCACAACGGCUCAGUCAUACACUACACCGCCUGGUCCCAGGAGGACCAGCCGGUGGGUCUGGGUCGGGUGGUGGCCACCACAGCCGGCCGCACCAGCAGCCUGCUCGUCUCUCGGGCCGGCCUCACCGACUCUGGCCAGUAUACGUGUCAGCCCACAGACGCCGAGGCCGACCACGUGAUGGUGCACGUGCUGACAGGAGAACACCCGGCGGCCAUGCAGCACGGCUCUGCGAGUCCGGCGCGCUCAGCGGUCUUACUGACGUCAGCCCUACUGAUGACGACUGCCGUCUGCGUCAGAUGAUAACCAGUCGCAUCAGCCGACCCCUGGCCGGUCGGAGGUGUGCGGAACUCAGUGACACCCGGCGGAACUGAGCGGCGGCCGCCGGGAUCAGCCCUGAACUACUUGACGCCCCCCAUGAGGGAGGGAGGGGAAGUCGCAGCAAGUGCUUCUGGGCGGAGAACUUCGGAGUGUGCCCGGUGACCGAGUGAACUUGGCGACAUACCUCGCCGGCAAUGGGAGCCAAAACAGGCGCUGAGCUGGCCGCGCGGCCGCGCCGCUGCAGGAUACCUUGUGACAUGCCGGGUGGGCGAGCCGCUUCCAUCGAGUGGCGGAAGUUGAGCGGUGCCGGGUCCUUGGACAGACAGACGGCGGCCCGCCAGCGCGCCCCCGGGCCCCGGCCGCACAGUGUCACAGUGUCACAGUGCCACAGUGUCACAGUGUUUGUGUCACAGUGUCACAGUGUUUGUGUCACAGUGUCACACCCAGUGAUGUCACAGGACCCGCUGGCCCUGUUCUGGUGACGUCAGAUGACGUGACGUCAGAGCUUUGAUGUGACUGUCACCGUGUUGUGAUGUGAGCCAAGUGUUAUCACGUCAACAGCAGCGUCUGAGUGUCCUGGGGUCUUAGAAAGGAGCCAUAACCUGUUGAUGAGGUAGCGGGUUCGCAGGCCGCUGUUUGUUGUAGAGUCUGCUCGGCUACCCGAUGAGACAGCCAUUACGGAAAGCCGUGUGUGCUCUCGAUCACAGUUUUUCAGGUGAUCUGCUGUUGAUGAUCAGCAAUGUUGAUGGGGUACUGAUGCUUGGAUGUUUUUGAACGCAAAUGGUUCAAUGACGUCUGUAAGUGGUGCCAAAGUCGAAGACAUUUCUGUACUGAAGUUUGUCAUUUAUGAAGUUAUUAUCCUAUUUUAACUCAUACCAACCUGUUAUAUCAACUGGGCAUCAUAUUUACAUACUUAACUAUAACAUCUUCGGAGUAUUCGCUAAUUGUUAUCUUUACAAUCGUCGCAAAAUCGUUAAUCGUUAAUCGCUAGUCUUUAAAUCGUUAGUAAGUAAGAGUUAGACACAUUUUUGCAUAUUCGUCUUUCGCACUUACUAACGAUUUAACGAAUGACGACUAGCAAUUAACGAUGAACGAUUUUAAGAAGAUUGUAUGGUAACGAUUAACGAAAGGUCUUUGCUGCCUUCAUACUUUCAUCUUAGGAAUAUGCUAGGCAUAUUAUAUUUGCCGCCUCUGUGCGUUAACCAAUUAUGAGAAGAUCUUGCCUGACAUUUUUUUAAAGCUUUUUUAUUUAUUUAUGUCACCGAUGUGAAAUGUUCGUUGAUGCUAGUCAGCAAUGCCCCCGCAUUUUUUACCGUUUCGCUUUCAUUGCGGGCUAGAUUUAGGCGAACGUUUCACAGUGACGUCAUGUCAUAAGCAGAGGAGAGGUGCGAAAAGAGCAAUGAUUGGAUGCGACAACCGUCGUAGACAUUUAACUUUGGAGAACAUGCUACACACCAUUAUAGGAUCAUUGACCCAACCAUUAUAGGGAUCAGUGCCCUCUGUGAGCUGCAUGACCGGUAUUGGGGGCAGUGUUUUCCUUAGGCUAUCAUGUAUGAGCAGCUCUAUGAGUGUGAGUAACUGAGCACGUCGCUAAAAAUGUGCUGCUUCGCGUGAACUGUCGAAGUGCAACAUCAUGUCUGUCGUGUUUGCAUUGAAAAUAAACCUUUUGCAAAUAA